GACAGUGAGCAUCCACCUGGUGUUGGGUGCUGAUCUAAAAAAGAGCAUUGAUUGAUUAAACGUGACAUCAUGGCGUCGAAGUUCACUGCUGGAGUGAUUCUGGCUGCAACUAUUGCUGUGGCAACAGCUACUUUUGGCACGGAACAUGUUCAUAUAAAAAUUCAUCUACCGAUAGAGGAGAAGCAUCACGAUGAUCAUCAUGGAGGCGGAGGAGGUGGAGGCGAUCAUAUUGUUAUAACGAGUCCUGGAGGAGGUGGUGGUCAUGGGGGAGGCGGAGGUUUUGGAUCUAGUGGAGGUGGUGGAUACAGUUCUGGAGGUCCUGGAGACGAUCAUGGAUAUGGUUCUGGUGGUUUUGGAGGUGGUUUUGGCGGUGGCUUCGGCGGAGGUCAUGGUGACGAUCACGGAAGUGGAGGUUUUGGAUCCGGUGGUUAUGGUGGUGGUGGUCACGGUGGCGGUCACGGAAGUGGAGGCUCCGGAUUUGGAGGAUAUGGUGGCGGUCAUGGAGACGAUCACGGAUCUUCAGGUGGAUUCAGUGCCAGCGGUUUGGGAGGUUCUGGACACGGAGGGGAUAUCUCGUCGAGUUAUGGUCCACCCUCACUUGGUCCUCCGUCUUCGAACUACGGGCCUCCCUCGGGUCACGGAGGAUCGGGCCAUGGAUCUCCUUCUUCGAGUUAUGGACCUCCGAGCCAUGGGGGAUCUGGUCACGGAUCACCUUCCUCAAAUUAUGGACCGCCGCCUAGUUACAGUGGACCAUCCAGCCACGGAGGUGAUUCAUCCUCCGGAUUUGGAAGCAGUGGUCACGGCGGUAGCUUCGGCGGUAGCUUCGGAGGCGCCUCAGCACACGCGAGCAGCGGGAGUUACUCCUCCAGUUCCGGUUCUGGUCUAGGAUCCUACGCAUCUGGUGGAGGUCAUGGCUCCUUUGGAGGAGACUCCUACUCUUCCGGCGGCCAUGGCGGCGGUUUCGGCGGUGACUCUUACUCUUCUGGCGGUCACGGCGGCGGUUUCGGAGGCAGUUCUUACUCCUCCGGCGGUCAUGGCGGAGGUUUUGGAGGCGAUUCCUACUCUUCUGGGGGUCAUGGUGGCAGUUUUGGUGGCGACUCCUACUCUUCCGGCGGUCACAGCGGCGGUUUUGGUGGCGGCGACUCCUACUCUUCCGGUGGUCACAGCGGCGGUUUCGGAGGCGGUUCUUACUCAUCGGGUGGUCAUGGCGAUCAGGGUGGAUUCUCUGGCUAUCAUAAGAAGUAAAAGACAGGAGGAACCAACGGGAGGAGAAAAUCAUGGUAGAAACAGUAGAUUGCCGUUAUAGUCGCGUGUAUGGGGCUUGAGGGGAAGCGAAUUCGAAGAAUCGGACUAUAUGCAAACUACCCCCACCACGCGCUUGCGACCGUAAAGUGAAUUUUUUUCGUAGCAAAUUCAAAUACGAGAAAAAUUUCUUUUUCGGCUCUAUUUUCCCCGGAAUUUAAUUUCUCAUUGAAAGUAACAAAGGAUUGUUUACAUAUUGUAGCCCGGAGGUAUAGUAGAGUCGGGGAACUGAAAGAUAGGCGAAAGAAAAUGAGGAGAGGUGCGAGUAACGAGAGCGGCUAUAACGGAAUUGUACUGUAUCCUGUUUUUCUUAUUUCCUGUCCCUUCACAUUGGACUUCUCACGAAUACGGCCUUCCGGCGCUGAAACGUGUCCAUCCCACGGUGGAUUCUGUUUUAGUCUUGGGGCACUGGUCAUCUUUGUGAAAGUGCAAGGAUGAAAAAAGUUUCACUGACGUGAAAUUCCGUCCAUCAUCAAUCGAUACCGCUCCCACACGUGUCAUGAUCACUUCCUUUCUCCUCCCAGAAAUCCUUCUGCCAAUGCUCUAGGUUUUAUUUGUAAUUUUAUUUUGUUGGUUGUAACAUAAUUCACCUGUACAUAUUCGUGUUUACUUGUUUCUGUGUUUGUAAUAAACUUUUUAUAUUUUUUUUA